AUGCUUGUGGACCAAGAGAGCGUCAUAUCAAAACAUCAGAAUUACAGAUUGACCUACGCCUCACUCGAUGCCAAAAGUAAUGCCCUUGCGCGAGGACUGGAAUCAGUGGGUGUGCGGAAAGGGGACCGUGUCGGCGUCAUGCUUGGAAAUUCUUCCGAGUAUGCCAUUGCAACCUAUGCAUUGUUCAAACUCGGAGCCAUUUUGGUACCCCUUAAUCCGUCGUUUAAUGCAACUCAAGUCAUCUCGGCGUUGAGCCACCUUGGAGCCGCCCAUUUGAUCAUCAGUGCCGAGUCCAAUUUACCGCGGAAAGAACCCCGGAGCAAUGUCCCACUACUCAAGCACCUUGUCCAGGAUCUCCACACAGGAAAAGUAGAGUCCGCAGUGGUGCCUUCAGUGAAGAAUGUCAUUUUUGUUGAUAACUCUUCUGGCAGAGUCAAAUGGUCGGACUACAAGAGCCUGACGCCUUUCACGUCGGUCAUAUCAGACAACGUCGCUGAUGCGAAUCCACUGCCUCCUCAGGAUCUCUCGCCUAGUGAUGUAGUGAACAUCCAAUUCACGUCUGGCACCACCGCCAUGCCUAAAGCGGCAUGCCUGAGCCACCGCUCAAUCUUGAACAAUGGUUCCCAGAUUGGCGAUCGAAUGCGGUUGACCGCAAAGGACAUUGUAUGCUGUCCUCCACCAUUGUUCCACUGUUUCGGAUGCAUUUUAGGCUACAUGGCAACCGCUACUCAUGGCUCAGCCAUUGUAUUCCCUACGGAAUCAUUCAACGCCCGUGCCACCUUGAAAGCCGUGCAGGAGGAAAAAUGUACAGCACUUUACGGCGUGCCUACCAUGUUCCUCGAAGAGCUCGGCCUGCUUCAGGAAGGCGAAGUAGAACACAAAGGGUUUGAGUUUCUUCGGACAGGCAUCGCCGCUGGUAGCAGCAUUCCAGAAGCGCUCAUGAAGAAGCUGCAUAAGGUCCUCAAUCUCACAGAAUUGACCAUCUGCUACGGCAUGACUGAAACUAGUCCCGUUUCGGCCAUGACAGCGACCGAUGACCCAUUAGACAAGCGGAUCAGUACCGUUGGUAGAUUAAUGCCUCAUGUUGAAGCCAAGGUCGUCGAUCCAGCGGAUCGAAGCAAGAUACUCCCCAUCAACACCCGAGGCGAGCUUGCUGUGUCUGGGUACUUGCUAAUGAAGGAGUACUGGGGUGAUCCACACAGGACCGCUGAAGUGAUGAUCGCAGACCAAGAAGGGAAGAUCUGGAUGCAUACUGGCGACGAAGCCUCCAUGUCACCGGAUGGCUACAUCACGAUCACGGGCCGUAUCAAAGAUCUCAUCAUCCGAGGAGGCGAGAACAUUCACCCUCUAGAGAUCGAGAACUGUCUCCUUACCUGCCCCGGCGUGGCCGAUGUGUCUGUUGUUGGUGUUCCAGACGAGAGGUAUGGCGAAGUGGUGGCUGCUUUCAUUAUUUGCAAAGAGCAGGAUCGCAGGACAGUGGCCGAGGACAAGAUCAGAGACUGGGUUCGCGAGCGACUGAGUAACCACCUCGCGGCAAGACAUCCUUCAUACCUCAAUAUGCUAACCAAAACCAACUUGCUAAUAGUUCCGAAAUAUGUUUUUUUCCUUUCACCUUCCGAUUCUUUCCCCAAGACUGCGAGCGGCAAAGUUCAGAAGUUCAAGCUGAAGGAGACUGCCAUCAAGAUUCUGAAAGAGCAGAGCAAUGCUAAUUAG